ACGUAAUGUCAAAUUAUUUUAUUUCGUGAUUUCGGGAAUGGUGGUUUUGGUCCAGCGACUCGCUGUUUUAUUUUAAAAUUCUAACUAAAAGUGUCCAAAUUAUCUAGUAAGAAUGACUGAAAAAGAGAUGACUAUGGAAGAUUUCGAGGAGACGGUGAAGCGAACAGACGAGCAGCUAGACCUUAUGGAGUGGAAGAUGGACAACGUGGAGAAGGAGCUGGUGGAGCCUGUGGACGUGCAGGACGCCUGCGUCAUGAACCUACUCAAGUCCGUCUCCGAGGUGCGCUCAGACUACAUGCAGCUACGUCGCGAGCUGGUGGAGGUACAGGCGUUACAACGAGAGCUCUCCACUCGGCUGCGAGCACAACUGAGACUGGUACAUGGCAAGUUCGCGAGACUGCGUCAACGCCUGGCCGCAGCACCACCGCAACGCUGAACGCCUCAAUGGUACGCCUCUCAUGUCUACUACUUCGAUUUAGUAUGUACUUUGAUCAGCAAAUGUUUGGUGGUGGGACUAUCGUGAAUUAAUUGACAGACAGCGCCAUCUGUUAGUUGGAAAAGAAACUACAUUCUAAUCAACUUGUUGUUCUUAAUGCUGCAAGUCCCGUGUAGCAAGAUUCUACAGCUUAUCAGGCAAAAAAUGUCAACAAGUGAAGGCCAAGAUUUUCUUAGAGGAAAAUUAAACUCGGAACGACUUAUCAGAAAAAAGAGGAGUUUGAAGUUAAGUUUUUUUCAACAGCAAAUAAGAAUGCAACUCCGUUUCAAUGAUAGCUCAAUCGUGAAGUAAUUAUAUCUACUGACAGCGCUACCUCUUAGUCGGAAAAAAAACCAUGUAAUUAAUAUACACUCGAGAGAAAAACAAUUGAAGCGUGUAUCGCAUGUAAUAAUAUUCGUAAACGCUGUUUGCGAAUAUCAAUAUUGUUUGAAACGGAUUGAUUGUUAUGUCCCAUCCCAUUGACUUCAAUUAUUUCAAUGAUUCUCAAACUAAAUGUUUACAAUUUAUCUUGCAAUGUGUUUGCAAACAUGAGUAAAAUAAGGCGUGAGAGGCAGCCAAAGAUGUCUUAUGUCCUAACACUAGAGACCAUACAAAAUUAUUCAAUCCACCCUAGUGCCCCAAAUAGUAUAAUGUAGGGUAUAGGAGGAUUAAAUAUCUAUGUACGAUGUGCCAACUAAUUAUAAUAUUAUGACUUACUGCGCACUAAGCACUCGAUCACUAAAGUUAUUCGUAUAAUAUGAGAUCUCAAUUUAUAGUACGUUUAAAAUUCAAGAGUUUAGCAAUUAGUUUUGGAUUAAAUACUAUCAUUGUUCAUUACAUCAUCAUUAACAACUCUUGGAUUUUCUAAACGAUAACUUUUAUAAAAUAUAGUUUAUUUGAAAGUCUUUCGUAAAAACUGUUUAAAAAUGUAAUUGUCAAAAGUUGUUUUAAAUAUCAAAAAAUAUUUUAUCGAAAGUAACUAAGUCAAUGUAAUUAAUUUACUCAAUUUAUAUUAAUAUACUUAAUUAUUGUUACGGUUUAACAAACGUAAUUUAGAUUUAUUUUGUAACGUUAGUAAUUUGAGUAUGGUCGUUAGUUAUGUUUGAUAUAGCUGUUGACCACUAUCAUUAAUGUACGUCUCGAAUAUACUUAUGUAACGUAAUUAGAUCUCUAUCACCUAAUACAGGGUGUUAGGAAAAUAUAAAUCAAGGGCUAGAUAGUGUUCCAAGUAAUUAACUGUUUUUGUCCUGAAUUGCUCUCGUGACGCCUGACCCAUGCAUUCAUCAGUGUCCCAACAACAAGAGAAGUUUAGGCAAUAGCAAAAAACACAAUAAAAACAAGCUGUUCAAUAUUAUCUUUUCCUAACACCCUGUAUAGAUAAGAGAAUAACAGAUUUCCAGUCAAGCUUUACGAUUUUGAUGAUCGUGGUUGAAGUUUGAUGCAAGUUGGUGCUAAAUGUUGGUGAGGAUGUAUGAAACAUUACUUAUAACUGCUGGUUUAUUGUUAUAUUGAAAAAAAUCGAAAACUGUUGAUAAAGACUAAAAAAAUUAAUCUUUGUGGCAAAUAGAGAUAGUCGAUAUAGGUGCUGAAAAGAUUGAUUGAAAAGAUAUUUAAAUAAAAAAGAAAAACAGAAGCGAACCCACUCUUGGAUUCUACACCCAGUAACAGUUGUGAAAGAAUCAGUAUCGUAUCGACCGUUUUUAGCUAAGUAGUUGCGGACAAAGGACAUAAUAAUUUAUUUAUAUAAUAUUACUAGCUGUGCCCGCGACUUCGUACGCGUGAAAACCCGUUAUCGCAACAUUUUUAAUUUUUCCUCUGCACCUAUUACUCGUAGCGUGAUGGUAUAUAGCCUAUAGCCUUCCGCAAUAAAUAGGCUAUCUAAAACUGAAAGAAUUUUUCAAAUCGGACCGGUAGUUCCCGAGAUUAGCGCGUUCAAGUAAACAAACAAACAAACUCUUCAGCUUUAUAAUAUUAGUAUAGAUUUAUAGCGAAGCGGUCUCGAAACUGGAUCUCUCGCGAAUAAAACUUUGUCUAGAAUCCAAUAGUUUAAUAUAUGGGAUCAGUCACAAAAUAAGUGCCACAGUCU